AUGUGAAAGAAACCAUCCGCCAACAUGUCAAACCUGGGCAAAGCUGGGACGAAGAAAGACACCAAGAUGAGGAUACGAGCGUUUCCCAUGACUAUGGAUGAGAAGUAUGUAAAUAGUAUCUGGGAUUUACUAAAGAAUGCCAUCCAAGAGAUUCAGCGCAAAAAUAAUAGUGGGCUCAGCUUUGAGGAACUCUACAGAAAUGCAUAUACAAUGGUAUUACAUAAACAUGGUGAGAAACUAUAUACUGGACUGAGAGAAGUUGUAACUGAACAUCUGAUCAAUAAGGUACGGGAAGAUGUGUUAAACUCAUUAAAUAAUAACUUUCUACAGACCUUAAAUCAAGCAUGGAAUGACCAUCAGACUGCAAUGGUGAUGAUAAGAGACAUACUCAUGUAUAUGGAUCGCGUGUAUGUACAACAGAAUAACGUAGAAAAUGUUUACAACUUGGGGUUGAUCAUUUUCAGAGAUCAGGUAGUGCGCUAUGGUUGCAUUCGAGACCACUUACGCCAGACUCUUCUGGAUAUGAUUGCAAGAGAGAGGAAAGGAGAGGUAGUAGACAGAGGUGCAAUUCGGAAUGCCUGUCAGAUGCUAAUGAUUCUCGGCUUAGAAGGUCGAUCAGUAUAUGAGGAAGAUUUUGAGGCUCCGUUUUUAGAAAUGUCUGCUGAAUUUUUCCAGAUGGAAAGUCAGAAGUUCUUAGCAGAGAAUAGUGCAUCUGUAUACAUUAAGAAAGUGGAAGCACGGAUUAAUGAAGAAAUUGAACGAGUCAUGCACUGUCUUGAUAAAUCCACAGAAGAACCAAUUGUGAAGGUGGUGGAAAGGGAACUAAUUUCUAAACACAUGAAGACUAUUGUAGAAAUGGAAAACUCUGGCCUAGUCCAUAUGUUAAAAAAUGGAAAAACAGAAGACUUAGCAUGCAUGUACAAGCUCUUCAGUCGUGUGCCAAAUGGUCUGAAAACCAUGUGCGAAUGUAUGAGUUCCUACCUGAGGGAACAGGGCAAGGCACUAGUUUCUGAGGAAGGCGAAGGCAAGAAUCCAGUGGACUACAUUCAGGGUCUCCUUGAUCUGAAAGGCAGAUUUGAUCGUUUCCUUCAGGAUUCAUUCAACAAUGAUCGUCUUUUUAAACAGACCAUAGCUGGUGAUUUUGAAUACUUUCUUAACCUCAACUCCAGAUCCCCAGAGUAUUUGUCAUUAUUUAUAGAUGACAAACUUAAAAAAGGAGUAAAAGGCUUGACAGAACAAGAAGUUGAGACAAUCUUGGACAAGGCCAUGGUACUGUUCCGAUUUAUGCAAGAGAAAGAUGUGUUUGAGCGAUACUACAAGCAGCAUCUGGCCAGAAGGCUUCUCACUAACAAAAGUGUAUCUGAUGACUCAGAGAAAAAUAUGAUCUCGAAACUUAAGACGGAGUGUGGCUGCCAGUUCACAUCUAAACUGGAAGGAAUGUUCAGGGACAUGAGUAUCUCAAAUACAACGAUGGAUGAGUUUCGACAACACUUACAAACUACUGGGGUUUCUCUAGGAGGUGUCGACCUAACUGUAAGAGUUUUGACUACAGGGUAUUGGCCUACUCAGUCUGCUACACCAAAAUGUAACAUCCCCCCGGCACCGCGACAUGCCUUUGAAGUCUUUCGAAGAUUCUACUUGGCAAAGCACAGUGGUCGACAGCUCACACUUCAACACCACAUGGGUUCAGCAGAUUUAAAUGCCACUUUUUAUGGACCUGUGAAAAAGGAAGAUGGUUCUGAGGUUGGAGUAGGUGGAGCUCAAGUAACUGGCUCGAAUACCAGAAAGCACAUAUUACAAGUAUCUACUUUCCAAAUGACUAUAUUAAUGCUGUUUAACAAUAGAGAAAAAUACACAUUUGAGGAAAUUCAGCAGGAAACAGAUAUUCCCGAACGAGAAUUGAUCAGAGCACUUCAGUCAUUAGCAUGUGGAAAACCAACGCAACGAGUCCUUAGCAAAGAGCCCAAAUCAAAAGAAAUUGAGCCUGGUCACGUUUUUAUAGUGAAUGAUCAGUUCACAUCAAAGUUGCACAGAGUCAAGAUUCAAACAGUUGCUGCCAAACAAGGAGAGUCUGACCCAGAACGAAAAGAAACACGCCAGAAAGUAGAUGAUGACCGAAAGCAUGAAAUUGAAGCUGCAAUUGUCCGCAUCAUGAAAUCAAGGAAGAAGAUGCAGCAUAAUGUUCUGGUAGCAGAGGUGACUCAGCAACUGAAGGCUCGCUUCUUACCAAGCCCCGUGGUAAUUAAAAAAAGAAUCGAGGGACUUAUUGAGAGAGAAUAUUUGGCACGAACACCUGAGGAUCGCAAAGUAUACACUUAUGUAGCGUAAGAUGCAUUCAACAGGUUUAUCUGUUUUUAAAAUGCAUUCAACAGGUUUAUCUGUUCUGGACUGUAUAAUCGCAUGAACUGGGAGGUUCAUUUUAAAAUUAUUAAGAAGACCUUCUCCAAAUAAAUUGCAGUAAGUGUACUAGAUUAUCAGAUCAAGCCCUCAUUCCCUGUGAUAAUUUUGAACAAAAAUGGACCCAACGUCUGGUUGCUCACCGUUUUACCCAUGUAGAGAUCAUCUUUAACAGUUCCUCGGGGAAACGUGAAUGUGUUUUCAUUUUGUUUUCAGUACUGUAAAAAAAGAAUAAAAUCUAGAAAACAUGAAAUACCAUCAAUAAAAAUAAAGUAACUGUUCGAAUUUCUUCUUCCCCGAUUCUCAAUGUUGAUGUAAUGGCAUUUUAUUUAAAGUGUUUGGCACCUCUGUGCUUGUAAGGAUUGGGUAUAUAGAGCUGGUUAAAUGAACUGCAGCUGCCUUACUUUUUUUUUGCCCUGCUUUUUGCAAUAUUCUGCUGAUAAAAGCCUUUACUGGGAUCUCCCAGAUAUGCACAUUUUUCAAAUGUCAAGAAUGUGCUUUUUUGAUCUUGCUAUAUUUUAUCAUUGGAUAUUAGUAACUACUGGAGUUAUUUCAGUAAAAAUCCAUUGAUAGGGUGCUUGUAAACUGCCCAUAUUGUAUUAAAAAUUGUUUUUGAUUUUGUUGGUGGCAAGUGCAGUUCAUACCCAGUUACUUCUAAAGUUGAAGUUUUAUUUCAGUGUGUAUAAAAUGUAUAAUAUGUUUUUGCUGUUGUACUCACUGCUGAUGGUAGCUUGUACAGGGCAUUGUUUUCAUCACAUUACAUGUAGACAGAAGAAUUCAAAAUAAAAUAAUUAGUAAACUAGAGAAAAUCCACAUUGUACACAAGAUGUAUACAGUCAUAAUAUCUCUUGGGAUGAUCAGCCUAUCUUAGUAUUCAUCUGAAAUGAAUUGAAGAUAGAUGUGACAAAUGCAUGAAAUAGAUCAGUUUUUAUGAUGGAGCCUUUAAAGAACAACUCCUGUUUAGUUUCAACUGUGGAUGAACUGAAAGCUUGCAUGUAAUUUAUUUUUGAGAUACGUUUGCAUAAAAUUAAGCAAGACUGCCUCAAAAUUGCAAGUUUACCUUCUCAGCUGGGAGUGGGUGGUUUUUCGUUUUGUAAAAUUACAUAUCCAUUUAGGAAGGAUUCUCAAGGCUGAUAUGGUUUAUUUCCUCUUUAAAGCAUUAAACACCAUACAUAUCUGAGGGAUAUCCAUCCAUAUCUAUAAAUGUUCCAACCAAUUUCACAAACUAGUUUAUCAGAAAUAUAUCCAGAAAAUUAUUUAUAUAAUUAUUUGGUAGAAGAUUCUUUGAGGUGUUCUUACUCAGUGAAUUUUAGUGUGCUGUUAAUGUAUACGAACAAAAUAGCGAAAUAUGUUUCCUGGGUACUGUACUGAAAUAUUCUGAAGUGCUACCUCAAUAAUCAGUAGUUUCUCUGUUUAUAUUAUGGCUGUUCAGUGUAUCCAGAAUUAAGUUGGAGUUGUUCUCUUAAAGCCCUAUCCAGUGCUAUAGUGGAGCGAGAAUGGAUGGAAGUGAUCCCUUCUGGGAUUAAUUUUUUAAAUAAAAAGUUUAGUAAAAUUUUGGGGACACUUAAUAUAUGUAUACCUACAAUAAUUUAUGUUUAAAAGGUUGAUCUUAAUGGGUUGAUUUCUUUUUAAGUUAUGAGGUUUGUUAUUAUAGGUAAAUGUCAGAUUGUUUGCUGUACUGCUUUUAAAGGGCAUAUUACGAUCAAUCCAGUUCAGCCAAGGUCUUUGUUAUGGUGCCGCCCAAUGGAAUACACAUUAAAGGUUCUACACAAAGUACAAA